AUGAAUCACCGCGGUGUCGGAUGUGAGGUGGACAAGGACGACUUCAUGUCGAUCGAGGACGAACAGUGGAUCACCGAUGGCGUGGUGGACUUUCACAACGUGCUGCUUAGCAUCAGGAAGCCGUCGCUCCGCGACGGCAAGACAUGGGCCGCCAUGGACUGCAAGGCCUAUUCACAGACGACAGCUGCGCAUGGAGUGCCGUUAACGCUGGGGAGUGGGCGGCCGCUUUUGGAACACGAUUAUCUUGCGAUCCCGGUCCUAGAGUCGUUGCUGUCCGAACUCGCAAAGGCGAGUAACCCAAACGCUAACAUGGAGGUUGUGGACAGGACGCUGAGCGCGGCGGACUGCGUAAUUCUACGGGAGGAUAAGCUGCCACAGCAGCCGAACAAGGAGGACUGUGGGAUUUUUGUUUGUCAGUACCUCAAGACCCUGGUGCAUACCGACUUCGCCACGGUGUUUUCGGGCCUCUGGUUCCAGGGUGUGACACCGCACCAAUACAGGCGGGAGAUGCGCCGAGACUUGUGUGCACACGCUGGCGGAGAGCUUCUGAAACAACUACAGGAACUGGGGAUUGAAGUCCCGCCGCAAGACGAAGGCCUGGUUACCGCAGAGGGGACAGUGGUGCAGGUGAGAAACACUGCGGAGGGAGAUGGGAGGCAGGCGCCAAACACUCGCCAUGAUGAGGACGCUCGGUUUACGGAGAUGACGAGGCGCAUAGCAUCGCUGCAUAACGAUGUGAGGUACCUGGACGCCAGCUUCACCGUGAUCGCCAACUUCGUGGGCCUGAGCCGGGACGAGGUGGUGUCCGCUGCAACCCAACUGCUGCUGCAUGGAGGGGUCGCGGGGAACGGCACGAAAACAGAGGCGGGUGGCAACAAGCAUGCGCCACGCACACCCCAGCGUCCGUCUGCCCGGAAGAGGCGAGAUGACAGCAGUCCUGAGGAGGACGGCGUGCGCAACCUCACCCAGGUGGCGCUGGCCUCCACGUUCGCCGCAUGUGCGCCGACACCGAGCCUGCUGCAGAACCCGCUGAUCUCGAACGGGGCCAUACCUCCCUGGAUGUUGACGCGCCCGCGGCUGCUGUCCGGCACGGGUGUGCCAGCUGGACCUGACGUGUGGGGAGACAGGCUUGGGCAGGAGACGGCGAAGGCCGACGAAGAGGAGGAUCUCGUGUCAGACUCAGAUGACGAGGACGGAGGCGAAGAUACAUGUGCAACCAGGUACACGGGUGUGAAGCUGGAUCCGAACACCGGCAAGUACGGCGUCAAGAUUCUGUUUAAAGAACGUGGGAAGCGCAAGCAGCAGAGACUGGGAGGGUACACCACUGAGGAGGAGGCGGCAUUUGCAUACGCCGCCGGUGCGUUCGUGCUGAGGCCUAGCGAGAGGAUACCCAACACCGUCAGCCUGUCGGCCGCAGAGAAGGCAACGCUGCGGGGGUGCACCAAAGAAGAUUUACAGACCCUGGUGGAAGCAAGGAAGUGGUGGAGGUGGAGGAGUUGGCGUGAGGCGCUGGAGAGCGUGGGCCAGCGGUUGAAACGAGUGAGGAAGCGUGGGGGUGCAACAGGUGCAUCAAAGAGGCGCAGGGUUGUGGACCACGACCACACAGCUACCAACGACCCAGCGGCAACCGACAAUGCUGAGAGUGGGGGGACGGCCCCAGUGACAAACGAGCAAGGCGGAGGUGCAAGGGACAAUGACCAGGAAGAGCGGAGGGAAGACACUGGAGCUGAGGAGAAGACAUCAGAGAUGGCUGCAGAAUUGUUGACGAUGCCGCGAGGUCGACUGUCCAACGGGAACCGUGGGGCGCCCUUACCCAAGAGCCUGAGCUUCCGCAAGAAGGGGAAGGAGGUGGUGCAGCCAGAGGAAGAUGACGGCACUGGGGCGGAGAGUGCAGAUUCGUCCGAGCGCAGCGAGGAUGAGGACGAGGAAGGCGGAGACACGUCGGCAUCAGGAUCAGGCGAAGAAUCAGCCGAGCCCGCUAAGGGGGGGAAGACGGACGACGAUGGGCGUGCGGGACCAUCCGCGGCCAACGCUGACACUCGCGCUAAUCACGACGUGGACGGACUGGUGGGACCCACACGCUGGGACAGAGUGGACGCCAACAGCGAUGACGUGCGCAUACCGAGCCGUAUCCUCGAGCAACUCAUUCAAGCUCAGGACAAGAGCGCCAAGGAGAACGCGCGGUUGGAGGCGUUGUUCUUGAAUGCGAUGUCUCGGCCGUCCAGUGGCUCUCAUAAGCGUAAGGCGACCAGGCAGAGAGACCCGGGGCAAGGUUGUAUGAACCCGAAGCGUAAGCGUGGCGAGACGUGGAGUGGCGGGUCAGACGAUGACGGCGAGGACGACGAUGACGACACACAUGGAUCUGGUGGCCGUCAUAUGCGCACGGCCAAGUCUCCUAUUCUGCAGCGCGCCUUGGAGCAUUUGCCUGCGGACAAGGCGUGGAAGCGGGUGUGCGAGCUGGCCAGGGUGCACAUGUUUCUCAACAGGCCGACGUCGAUGAUGACCUUCUACCCGAGCAGCGACGACAAGACACACGGGGUGUGUGCGGUGCUGGACCGCCUGCCGCAUAGCUUCGCCUGUUUGGCGUUGGCGGCUGACAAGUCGCGUCGCGCUGAUCUCAACAAGACACUCUCUGAGUGGAAGACGCGGGCUGCCGCCCGCGUGCGCGACAUUGCACUUCCCAAGCUCGGCUUGUUCCGCGACGAUCGGGACGCAUCCAGCCCAUGGGCACCGGAGAAGGAACGUAGUAUUGAGAAGAUCCGGGAGCGCAUUGGGUUCGGCGCUGACCCCCCUGACCGGGAUGGCAUGCCGUUCGCCUCUCGGGCGUUCGCGACAUGUGCGAAGGCUGCAUUCAGGCCCAAGAAGGCCGGCCUGGUGAUGACGCUGAAGGUGUACCACCUGGCCUGGUUGGAGCAUGUGGUCUCCGACUGCGUCCUCUACUGGGAGCAGAGGAAAGGCCGGCUUUCCAACUCGGCCGGCGGAAACGCCCACGUUGUGGACGGCCUCAAGGUCCUGGUUAAGGAGGCCGUGGAGAGGGCGAUCAGGAUCCGCAACCCGGAGUAUGACGCGGAGCGGGAGGCGUGGAUCUGGGGGCGCCAUGGUCUGCGCAUCUCUGCGUGCGGCCUGGAGCACAUGAGGCCCGCCGGCGCAGCCCAGCCGGAGGAGCCAGUGGGGGACGACGACCUUUCGGCAUCCGUGGGGGAUGAGUAG